AUGGAUCCACCGCGAAAAGAUACUACACUUCAGAGGCAUAGCCCGGCUGUGGCCGCUCGCUCGUCAAAGCCCAGAGACCCGGUCGAUCACCUUCUUGACCUCACCCCCUCCAUCCAUGAGGCCUUGGAAACUCACACGGGUCCCAGGAUUGAAAACUUUUCUCAAUCUUCCAGGAGGGCGGGAAACCUGAAUCACUCGCCGUUGUCUCGUGUCAAGGCUAAAGAUAAGAUGUUUACGCCCCCACGAGCAGGGAGUGAGGCUUCUUGGCACAAUGAUCAAUCCCCAACGCGCACCGAAGCCAGGACACCGUCACGUCAGUGUCAGAAAAGAGAGAGCAGCACACCAACAGUGACCAACCCAGCUUCCUCACUUUUGCAGGAUCUCCUCAAAGAACAGCGAGCAAAUCGUCACUCACGAGGAACACUUGCCGAAGACUGGAAUGAGCCCGGACCUCGAACACCGGACGGCUCACGCAGCCAGGAAGAUUCUGCGUCAGACAGGGGGCGGAAAACCGGCGACAUCAUAGUCGGGGGCCAGCGACAGCCAAAGGAAAUGGGAAUUCGCGAGAUGGACCAGUACGUUUCCAAGAUGAACAAGUUGAACUUCGAUCUGAAGCUCGAAAUUCACCACCGAUCAGAGCAAAUGAAGCAAUUGCGGGAGAAGGUCCAGCGCAUGGAUGAAAUGGAGGCCGAGCUCCUUCGCGUGCACGAUCUCGAAGAACAAGUGCGCGCACUGCAAGAUGUAGACAGAGAGAAUCAGCGUCUUCGCGAACAGAAUGAACUCUUGUGCCGUGAGCUCGACAAGCGGAAUCUGGCGGUGACCGAAGCGGUACAACUCAUUUGCCAACUCGAGGCCAAGCUUGACAGCCUGGAGUCAGAGCAGCGGACUCCUUUGAAUUCGUCAAGCCGGCUGGUGCUGGAUGGUCCUAAUGCCUCGACACCAAAACAGCAAAUCAUGAUAGAGAUACCGGAGCGAACCUCCUCUAAGCGAAAAUCAGCCACGAUGAACCGAUCGAUUCGUGCAAAAUCUGCCGAGCUUCACCAGGUCACCAAAGCUCCAUCAUUUCUGCAUGCCGGCCAUCAAAGCACAGCGACGCUGCGCAGUCUCUACGCACCCGAGCACAACGGCUCCCUCUCAGCAUUGAGCGCGCUCUCUCGGUCCGAAAGUCGGUGUACCUUGGAGCAGUCGCCUGACUCACCUCGCCUCAGCGUCUUGAGCGAAUGCAGCGAGCUGUUACCCAUCGCGGUACCUCCCAAGUGGGAUGAGCAUAUUGAGACAAAUGCACCCCACCGUCCAGCUUCAUCUACAAGUAGCAGCGUGGAUAGCUACACCCCCCCUUCCAAGCGCGAAGAUAGCGAUAUGGAUCAAAUUGAUCACUGGAUCGAUACUCAACCAGCUGCGUCUGACACGAUAAUUCGACGAAGACACAACCGAGCAGCGUACGCUACAUCAAAGAGCGUGGAGCCAGAAUUCGGCGGAGAGCUGUAUUCGAUCAAGCCUUCUCGAGGACGCCCAGCACUGGAUGCACUUUUUGAGGGCGCAAGACUGCCCCCAACCCCCGAUACUAUGAGUACAGCAGGCGCUCCCGGUCAUAAAAGAUCAGACGGCAGUAUCGCAGCCAACCAAAGUCCUCGGCCAAGGCGGGAUCACAAAGGCGUUGGGUCAUCCUUGGAACGGCAUCGCUCUGCAGGUGAACUCAUGUCCGGACAGAGCUUUACUAGAAGCGAAAGUUUGCGAACCAUCUUUGGUGACACGCCACGCCUGGGGACCUUUAGCCCUUCUCCGACCUUCUUACCAUACGUUAAUACCACCAAUGUGGUGGGCUCCCCUUUGGAAUCUGAUCGCCCACAUCAAGAACCAUUUACAAUACCCGACACCAUCAUUCGGCCCGCAAGGCAGCAAGAUGUCAUUUUCUCCACGGCGCCUCGUCAGGCUUCUAGCAAGAAACCUCGUCCCAAGUCAUUUGGACCUGAAUUUAUGAAACAUCCCCAGUGGGUACCAACGUCUUCUUCGCCUCCAGCGACACCGACCGACUGGAUGGCAGCCGCGCAGCACGAUUCCCUGCUAUUACCCCGGCGCAAGCUGCGAGACACUAACACACAACCACCAAUUCGAGACGACGCAAGUAUUGCGUCUGAUCUAUCGGAACCCGACGCUCCUGAAGUUCCAACCCUUGACAUGAACGCCCUUGAGAUUGUCGAAAACCCCAUCUCGGAAGGCAUCAAAAAUCCGGAAUCUCGCAUGGACCCUGGCUUUAUCCCCGAUCAUCGACGCAGAAUUAGCUUUAAGCCUCGCUUCUUCCAGCGUGCGUCCGCCAACAAGCGUUCGCAGGGGUCCCCAGCUUCCAAUGAACCGCAUACUACCGACGAUGUUGAUGAAGAUGGUGCGCCGUCACCUAUCAUUCCUAAAACGCGAACCCCUGUCGGAAACGCCCGCCGGAGGCCCGUAUCACAAAUCAUCACCCGCUCGGCGGACACAACUCCCUAUAGUCUAUCAACAAACCAGCGCCUUGAUGCGCCCCUGGAGCAAGACGCUCAAGUCCACCAGUCUUUGAACGAAACAAGGAACAAAGCGGGACCCGUGAAUGGCGCAGCUACCAUCUCUGGUCGACCAACUACGUCACACAGCACGGAAACACGCAAGCGUCGUGGCUCCUUAAGCCUAUUCGGAUGGGUCAAGGGGAUGACAGGUAAACGGUCUGAGCAUGCAUUGUCUCACAAGGCUGAAGAAUCCAAAGGGGAUGAAAACGCUUUUCCAAGUUCCGUCCCACAGAACCAGCCACCACGCACGCAGUCUCCUGACCCUGUUCCUGACCCUGUUCCUGUUCCCGUUCCUGUUCCCGUUCCUGUUCCCGUUCCUGUUCCCGUUCCCGAUGAGUACUCGCUCACCAAUCCCCCCUCGCAAUGGGAUGAUCAAGGGCGCCAGCCGCGUUAUGUGAGUCGGCAUUCGCGGCGGAUCUGA